AUGCGACUCUUGGCAUCGUUGUUCCUGCUGACGACGGGUCUUGUCGCUGCGCAACAGCCACAGAUACCUCUAUCACACGAGAAACACACGACCGAGCCUCAUCGGAUAGCCAUCAUCGGAGGGGGUGCAGGAGGUGCAUCGACCGCGUAUCACCUAAAGCAAUUCGCUGAAGCCUCGGAAUACGAUGUACCGCUGGAUAUCACACUGUUUGAGAAAGAGUCACGCAUAGGUGGCCGGACCACAACCGUCAACGCGCUGAAUGACUCGGCAUUUCCGGUCGAACUGGGUGGAAGUAUAUUCGUCAAGAUCAACCACAUCCUCUACAAUGCCACGCGUGAUUUUGGUCUUGAUAUCAAGUCCAGAGCCUUUGAAUCGCGGCCAGACUCUGACUACGAUCUAGGCGUUUGGGACGGCAAGCAAUUCGUAUUCAAGCAGAGUAGCAGCGAUGGGAGGUGGCAGGGCUACUGGGAUAUCGCGAAACUGCUGUGGAAAUAUGGCCUGGCACCUAUCCGGACGAGAAACCUUGUCAGCACUGUAAUUGGGAAGUUUUUAAGGUUCUACGAAGAGCCGCUGUUUCCGUUCAGCUCCCUUCAGGGCGUGAUUGAAGAAGCCGAGCUCUUGGAGCAUCUGAGUGUCAGUGGGAAGGAAAUGCUCGAUGCCUAUGGCGCCGGCGGGGCUUUUGGGAACGACAUCGUGCAGGCUUCGACGCGUGUCAACUAUGCUCAGAAUCUCGAUCAAAUACACGGCUUAGAAACGCUUGUCUGCAUGUCCACCGACGGAGCCAUGGCGGUCGAAGGAGGCAACUGGCAGAUCUUUGACGAGGCCGUGAAACGCUCCGGUGCAAAGGCUCGCUUGAACACUACAGUACUGGAAGUGCGGAAAGAUACUGCUGGCAGCAAUCCCACAUAUUCCUUAACCCUGUCGAACGGCUCGUCAUCUGGACCAUAUGAUGCAGUGGUGCUCGCUGCGCCAUAUCAGUUCGCAAAUAUCUCCUUCGAGCCUGCCUUGACCCAUAAACCGUUUCCGGUCGACUACGUCUCACUCCACGUCACACUAUUCACUUCGCCUCAUGUGCUUUCGCCCACCUUCUUCGAUCUCCCAGCCGACAGCCCUGCGUCCGUCCCGUCUACUAUACUUACCACACUCCAGACUUCCUCUGACGCUACAGCCGGCGAGUCCCUCACCUUCUACUCAAUCUCAAGCCUGCGUACCCUUCACCCGUCCCAGAGCCACCACGCCAACGUCACCUCCCCACAACACCUCUACAAAAUCUUCUCGAGCGCGCCCCUCAAAGCAUCCUUCCUCUCACGCCUCCUCAGCUUUCCCCAUACUAGUCCCGUUUACGAAGUCGAUGAGGACCCAAUCUCAGCAAUCUCACACUCCGAUAUUUCGUGGUCAUUAGAGAAAGUCUGGCACAGCUAUCCAUACGAGGUGCCACGAACAGAGUUUGAGCACAUCAGGCUCGAUGGCGAAGAAGUCGGCCACGGACGCGGCGUGUGGUAUACGAGCGGGAUCGAGAGCUUUAUCUCCACCAUGGAGACGAGCGCGUUGAUGGGGAAGAACGUGGCUGCGCUGAUUGUUCAGGAGCUGGCAGAUGGCUUCGAGUACUAA